AUGAAGCUACUUCUCAAGAGGGAGAAGGAGAAUCAGAGAGUUAGGGUGAUAUCUGCUGAUCCUGGGGUGUUUUGUAUGGUGAAAUGGCCUGCAUUUUAUAGGGGAAGGUGUUUCUCAAAGGAGAAACCCGUGACUAGUGAAUCUGUGCUUGCAGUGAGGGGUUUGCCCAUUUUGGGGGUUGAAGGGUUUGGACCUGCGGACAAAAGGGUGUGCUCUCCCACAUGGUCUGGUUGCAGCUGGGCAGGAGGGUACGCCGGUUCGAAGCAGCAACAACGCAUUGCCGGACUUGAACACUUGCCUGAAAAGAAAAAGAACUGUGUUAGAUUGAGAGAGGAGAACUUUGUUGAGAGAGACGAAAAUCGAAACAAACAACAACAAAAACAGCAUCAACGAUGGAUUCAGAGAGUACGUUCCAUUUUUUUUUUGCAUUUUGGUGUAUUCGUUUCAAUUUUGUACGGUUUUUCUAAGUUUCUUCGAAAUCAAAUCGAUUACACAGGUUCUAAGAGAUCUACAAGAAGCCAGAAGCAUAAAGAAACAAAACAUGAUGACGAUUUCGAAGAGCUGUACAAUCCCAAACCACUACAAAUUGUACAACCAGGAGAACCAAUCCCUACUUUUGAUAAUGAAACUUUGCAUCCCAUUCCACUAAAAGUUGUAAGACCAACAAAAAAGGAAUAUUAUAUGAGUCCGAAAUUUUGGAAUGAAGUAGCAAUCUGGUGGCCAAGCUAUACCAAUCAUCCUACUUCUGGUGGUGAACCUUCAGAUCCCAUAAAAGAAGAGAUUGAUGAGAAACCUGAAAUCUCAGUUGUACAACCCAAAAAAGAAGAAGAUGAUGAAAAACAAAAGAUCCCCAUCCUACAACCUAAACAUGAAGAAGAUGAGGAAAAACCUAUAAUCUCAGUCAAGAAUUUUGGAAGGAAGUAGCAAUCUAGCCAGCUCCUGCUAUGAUCAUCAUGUUUAUGUUGUUUGUUUUAGUUUUCUAAUGUUAUCAAUGCUGUUAUGUAUUAUGAUCAUGUUUUUCUGAACCUUAUGUAACAAUGAUGUUUUGAAUUAUAAAAAUCAUGGUUUAUUA